AUGUUCGCAGUUGUCACUGCUAGGAAUAAUAAUAGAAUCGCUAAACUCAACAUAGAGGUCAGUUUAGCCAUUCAACAACUUUAUGGAAUUAAAAAUCCAAAACCAACAACAACCACACAACCACCAACUAUCACAACAAAUACACCCACAUACGUAGAUCUAUGUACUUUACAAUAUGUGGAUACGGUGUUAGUAUUACAUCAUCGAAUAUUCGUCACGUAUCAACGCUACGUAUGGUCGAUAGAUAUAAAUAAUGCAAAAUACGAUGGACCACACGUACUAAACAGUUACAUGGAUUUCCUUCCGAAUAAUUUCUCCUUAUCAGCCGCAUAUCAAAGGCCUUCGGGUGAACUAGUACUGUUUGUACACGAUGUAGUUUACAUGGUUGAGUAUCCCAGUUUCAAAUUGAAAGAAGGUUGGCCAAAACGUCUCUCAAGUCUAGGAUUUCCCCCGAACAUUUUCAUCAAUACCGUAGUAAAUACUAACAGAGGACAAACCUAUGUGAUCUUCAAUAAUAACGAUGUGGCGCAAAUAGACGAAUGCAAUAUGGGUGUUCGUUCAUAUCACUCGUUACAAGUGGUAUUCCCGGGGAUACCGUCAGCUUCCACCUUAGCCUUCCGAUAUAUGGAUGGUAAUCUGUACUUUGCUAAAAAACAACAAUUUUACUAA